AUGUCAGGCGACAAGCAACAACUGCUCGAUAUGGGCUUUGAGCAAGCUCGUGUAGAGUGGGCCUUGAAAGUGACAAAGAACGCCGGCUUACAGCCUGCGAUGGACCAUCUUUUGGGCAAUGCUGAGAAGCCAAUACCCGAAGCUCAAUCCGAGAUCCCCGAAGACGAAGACGAAGAGGGGUUGAAAGCUCAUAUCGCCAAAGUAGGGGGAGGUGAAGAACUGGUCGCUAGGUCUAUCAAAUGUUCGGAAUGUGGGAAAGUAUUCAGAUCAGAAGCAUCAGCUUCAUUCCACGCUGAGAAAUCCGGACAUCAACAAUUCGAAGAAUCUACCGAAGAAAUAAAGCCGUUAACGGAAGAAGAAAAGAAAGCCAAAUUGACGGAGUUAAGAGAAAAGUUGGCUAUCAAACGUGCUGCACAGGAGAAAGAAGAUCAAAAGUCUAAUAAAGCCAACGAAGCUCUACGACGGAAAGCUGGACAGGACGUUAAUCGGAUUCGGGAAGAUUUAGAGUUGAAAGAAGCUCAAAAGCUUGCGGCACGGAAAAAGAGAGAGAAGGUUGAAGAAGCUAAAGCACGUGCGGCGAUAAAGGCACAAAUUGAACUGGAUAAAAAAGCGAGAGAAGAAAAGGCAGCGAGGGAGAAGGCUUUGAGGGAAGGGAACGCACCUAAAGAAGCGGAACCAGUGGUAGCUGUAAAACCUAGUGCGGCUAUCAAGAGUAGUGAUAAUCCAGAGACUAGACUUCAAGUACGAUUAUCAGUUGGAGGACCUCCAUUGACCAAAACGUUUCCCUCGGACAAUACCCUCAUAGACGUAGCCGAAUGGGUCGCCUCGGAGAAUCUGGCAUACAACGUCGAUACCGUCACCUUCGCUACGACCUUUCCCCGAAAGACGUACUCAAGAGAAGAGAUGAAGAAGACGUUGAAGGAGAAUGGUUUGACACCUUCUGCAGUUUUACUGGCUACCUAG